AUGCUCGGCCUCGCUCUCUUCUGCGUCGCCGCCGCCGGCCGAGGUGUCCAAGCCGCCUCGUCCCUGCCAGGCGUCGGCUCGCCUCACAGAUAUUCUGGGCAACCGAAAGGAUCGUAUGAUACGGAUUGGCAGGAUUAUUUUCAAGUAACGGACGGCCUUCCGAACGUCACCUUUGACCUGCCGAGGAAUUGGGCGGGCAAUAUCGCGGUGAAGCGUACCGGUCAUCCUGACGACAGUCUGUUCUUCUGGGGGUUCGAGAAGGAGCAGGGUUCGCUCACCGCUGCUGCUGGCGAGAACAACGAUGCGCCGUGGGGCAUAUGGUUGAACGGAGGCCCCGGGUCAUCGUCCAUGGCAGGGCUUUUCUUCGAGAACGGGCCGAUACGAAUAGAACCUGAUUACAGCAUCGCUUACAACAAUUGGAGCUGGCAUAAUCUAAUGGACUACUUCUGGAUAGACAACCCAGUCGGUGUCGGCUACUCUACCGCUGAGUCGGACGGUUUCGCGAAGGACGAGGAUCAAAUAGGGGAAGAUUUCAUGGGCUUCCUUGAGAACCUGGUCGCCGUCUUCCCUAGUUUGGCUACUAGACCUUUGUAUCUCACCGGAGAGAGUUAUGCCGGCCGCUUCGUCUCGUACAUCACCAAGACCUACUUCUCCAUGUCGAAUCCCCCGGUCAACCUCGCGCACAUCCUCCUCGGGGACCCAGCCCUCGGCGACAACGAUGCGUUCAAAACGUUGCCUACCCUCAGCAUCAUCGAGACAUACCCGCACCUGAUCGGGUACAAUACGGAAGUGUACGACUACUUCAAGGCGCAGUCCACGUUGUGCAAUUUCACGACGGAACUGUCGUACCCGGGUGACGGCGCUAUGGCGACCGUACAAGUCGCCGAGGGGCAGCUGCAGAACCCCGGCCGCAACAUCCCGGACGAGGACGAUACGAGGACGACAACCAAGAAGCAUUCCCGGGCAGGUAUGCCCACCAAAUCCGGCUGGGUGGAGGAGCUACGAGAGAAGAAGCGCCACGCGCCGGUGGACCGCGUACGGAAUCAGAAACUGGUGAUGCGCGACUUGACCGGGCGGCCGAAUGGGACGAUAGACCCUUGGUACGGAUGCUUCCUGUGGGACAUGCUCACGGAUUAUGCCGUCAACUUCACGUUCCCAUGGACGGACGCCGGGAGCUUCGAUCCGUACGAUGCACCGGACGCCAUGAACCCGGACACCGUCAUGGAUGCGUCCGUUUUCCUCGGAAGCAAGUCCACUGCCAUCUUUGGGAGCAUAGCCAAGGUACGGUCGGCCAUCCAUGCUCCGACGAACAAGGAUUGGUCGCGCAGCAUCGACUACCCAUGGGGUAGUUCAGCUACAGGUGGUGAUCCAAGUGUUGAGCCAAUGGCGUUCUUGGACGAGCUCGCCUCCAAUAUGUCCGCCCACGGAAUACCGAUGACCAUCUAUUCGGGCAACGACGACGCAAUCUCUCCUCACUUUGGAACAGAGUUAACCAUUCAGAACACGACGUUCGGUGGCGUUCAAGGGUUCACUCGGAAACCAUCCACACCUUGGAACGACGACCUCGGCAACUGGGCCGGUAUCAUCCAUCAGGAACGCAACUGGACCUACGCUCUGUUCAAUGGAGCCGGGCACCAGGGCCCUUACUUCAAGCCCGCCGCUUUCUACCGUUUUGUGCGCGACUUCGUCCUUGGAGACGAUCAGACCGGUUUGGUGACGUCGAGCGACCAAGAGGCUGUCGGUGGCGAGAACUCCGUCCUCGAGCAAGGUAUCAUCCCUGGGCAGCCAGGCAUCCUCUACGGUACCGCCACGGCUCCUCAGACAUUUACCUACCCCACGGAAACGGUCGCCGCGUUCUUGGAGCACGUUGGCAUUUCUUCCAUAACCUUCACAACGAACAUACCCGUUCCUACACCCUCAUCCUCCAGUACGGCCGGAACCAAGAGCGCCGCUGUACGACUUUCAGGCCUAUCACCAUCGAUCGUCCUUUUCAUCUUUUGUAUACCCUCCCUACUCCUCACGUUGCUCUAG